AUGGGGAUGUUGACCAUCCUUCUACUGCUCAGCGCUCCCUUGGUUCUGGCUGAUGCACUGGACUCGAGUAACGAGGAAAAAGCCAUUUCGUGGAUCGAUCCCAGUAGCGAUGAAACACAUGUUUCUCUGCAUGACCGGAGUAACGAGGAGGAAUACAUGUCUCAUCGUGAUGACGAAAAACGCUUCAUGGAGGAGCUGAUGAGCAACCUCCCGUCAUCCACGUACUCCCGCGAGGAGGUUGAAGAUGAUGUGGAUGAUAAUGAUGAAGAUGAUGACUGGAUGGCCAGUCCUCCGCAGAAACCCCUUCGCCCCUCCACACAACCCAUAUUCCCUUCCUCCCCCAAGCCCUGUCCGACAGGCUGGCAUGCACAUGGGCCAAAGUGCUAUGUCUACGUCCCAUUCAAAACAACUUGGCCUGACGCUGAGAGGAACUGCCUCAUCCUGGGGGGCAACCUGGCUUCAGUACACGGCCCUCACCAGUAUCGUUUCCUUCUGUCCGUCAUUGAGAAGAGCGGCAAGAAAGACCAGCGAACCUGGGUUGGAGCUAACGAUGCCAUCCAGGAGGGUCUUUGGCUGUGGAGCGACGGGUCCAGGUUUAAAUACCACAACUGGAGUGAAGGACAACCUUCAAACUACAAAGGCCAGGAGCACUGCAUGGAAAUGAACUAUGGAGCUGACCGCGGCCAGAAUGAUGCCCCCUGCUGGUACGAGUUCGCUUUCCUGUGCGCCAGAAAGCUGUGA